AAGCAACGGGAGGAUUCAAAGAAGCAUCCACUUACAUCGAGUUGAUUCUUCAAUAUGUUCAAGUGUAGUGCUCUCAUCUUUCUGGCUGCAGUUGCAGCCAGCAAUGCCAUACCAAUUGGCAUGUUUGGUGCCAGUAGAUGGACUCCAUUUGGAAAAACCCACCUCAACGACUACACCCGAAAUGUCUUUGGGCUUAACAAGUUCGGACUUGGCGGCGGCUUAGAUAACCUAUGUGAUGUCACUGGAGACUGCGACAUGUACACCACUGUUGGAACCCUACACAACCCACUAUUCAGAAGGUUCGGUCUUGGCUCUCGCGACAUAUGUGAGAUCACUGGCGAUUGCAUUGGUUCCUUUGGCAGGCCAUGGACCAAGAAGUUUGGUCUUGGACUCCGCGACUUGUGUGACGUCACUGGUGACUGCGAUAUCAACACUGUUGGUACUUUCAGCAGCCCAUGGAUCAGGAAGUUCGAUAUGGGCCUUGGCGGCAUGACCAUUGGUGACUGGAACCGCAACGUAGCCAACGACAGAUUUGUUCCAGAGGUCGUCAGAAAGUUUGCAAAUGGAGGCAAAAUCUACGACGUGGUUAAGAAGAACCAACUGGGAGACGUAUUGGAACUUAACGACAAGCACAAGUUGGAAAAACUCCACCUUCUUGCUGGCCAAAACACCGUACGUGACCUCAUAAAUGAACAACAAGAGAAGGCUCUAGAUGAGAAAGAGAUCCUGGACCGUCUGAACCUGAAAGAGCAGUUGGACAUGGACAAGCAAAAGGAAAAGCUUGAUAUUAUGCAGAAGAUCCAGAAAGAACAGUUGGACAAGGUUCAUGCUAUUGAGGAUGCCAAGAUCACUGGAAUGGUACCAGAUGGUGGAAUCACAAGGAACAUGUACGGAUUUGGUCCUUUCAGCGGCAUCAACGAUAUGAGAAACCGCAUGUUCAGAGGCAUCUACUAAAACAACUAUACUUAUUUUUGUUAAUUGCUCAUAUAAAGAUUGAUGUACUGGUAGACUUGAGGCAAUACAUUUUUUCUUGAA